AUGCCCGGCUUCGACUUCUCCAACCACAACCGUAACCUGGCUCUGCACGCCAGGGGUGUGCCUCUUCCUAAAGCUACAAGCACAGGUACAACCAUUGUUGGUUGUUGCUACGAUGGAGGUGUUGUGAUUGCAGCAGAUACCAGAGCCACUAGCGGUCCUAUAGUAGCAGACAAGAACUGCGAGAAACUACACUACAUCGCGCCCAAGAUCUGGUGUGCCGGAGCCGGUACCGCCGCAGACACCGAAUUCACCACCGCUCUGAUCAGCUCCAAUGUCGAACUGCACUCCCUCUCGACGGGCCGAGACCCACGAGUCAUCACUUGCAUGACCAUGUUGAAGCAGCACCUUUUCCGAUACCAGGGACACAUUGGCGCGUACUUGGUGGUUGCGGGUGUUGACCCAACCGGUGUUGGUCUUUUCACCGUCCACGCUCACGGUUCAACGGAUAAGCUGCCCUACGUGACAAUGGGAUCUGGUUCUCUGGCUGCCAUGUCCGUGUUCGAGUCGACAUGGAAGCCUAACUUGACUCGCGAAGAAGCCAUCGAGCUCUCUGCCGAGGCCAUCAAGGCUGGUAUCUUCAACGAUCUGGGAUCCGGUAGCAACGUCGACGUGUGUGUCAUCGCAAAGGACCAGCCCACCCAGCUGCUGCGCAACUACAUCAAGCCCAACGAGCGUGGCGAGAAGGCCAGGAAUUACCGCUUCCCCAAGGGCACCACAGCCUACUUGAACGAGAAGAUCAUCACAAAGGAGGAUCUGAGAAAGUACGUCACUGUGGAAGAGCUGUCUGGGGACAAGAAUCUGGCGGCUGGAGAUGGUAUGGAAGUGGACUCUUGA